AUGGUAAUCGCAGUGAAGCCGUCGGGUGGGGAUAUAAGCGUUGUUUCUUUUGACAAUGUCAAUUGGGUGACCGACAUCGGGAACGUGGUAGAGGCGAGGGCAGUGGAGGGCAAGCGAGACAAGGGGACAGGAGGCAGGAGGAAUCGGUGGUGCAGAAACCACGUUCGUGGGUUCUGCACAACAUGGACGUCCACGAUGUCGGACGCUGUUGGAAUCCCGGGAAUCAGAUACGUUGUCAGCAGCAACUUCCACAUUCUCCGAAGGCUAUUAUGGACAGUGGCACUGCUUGGCGGCAUGGCCGCCGCGUCGUAUCAGGUCAUCGAUAGGGCGACGUUUUUCUUCAGUAACCCCAAGAGUGUCAAUGUGGUGAUCGAGAACGCGGAACCAAUGCUCUUUCCUGCCGUCACCUUCUGUAACACCAACCGAUUCAGAGAUGUAAAUGGACAGUUGUCAACGCAUCCAUUCGGCCAAUUUCUUGCUGCCACUUACUUCCACGGAGGUAACGGCACCGGUUUUACAUCAACACUAGGCGGGGCCAACACCACAGCGCUGUAUUUGGAAUUCGCCCAUCAGAUGGAGUAUGGACAAAUGUUCAUACGUGGAGCAUUGGGUGGGAAAAACAUAACUUCCGCCGACUUUAGGAGAGUCCUGACUGACGCAGGAGUUUGUUUUACCUUCAAUUCUGGACUGAAUACUGAACUGAGAGGACAAAACUUUCCAGGUAGAGCACACGGUCUUUACUUAUUUCUUAAUGUUGAGCAAUAUUACUACUACUACGCGUAUAAGUUCUCAGGAGCCGGCAUCCUUGUCGCUGUGCAUGACCAGACUGAAAUACCUGACAUGGACUCGAUGGGCAUUGGCAUACCACCAGGCAGGCGCGCCAUUGUCAGUGUUGGCAAAAAAAUGACUUCACGGAAAGAUGGCGGAUGCGUCGAGAAACAACUUAAAUACUUCAGCAAGUACACCAAAAGCAUGUGUCUCCGAGAGUGUGUGAUUGACCUGCUCCUACAGAACUGUGGAUGCGUUGAACCUUACAUGACAGUUUCCAGUGAAAUGCGAGUCUGUGACCCCAUCGAAAUAUCUGUUUGUGUUCACGGACAAUCAGACAAACGCAGAUAUGUUGACAUGUGUGACUGCCCACUACCAUGUUCGACGGUCAAGUUCACCACCAGCGUGUCCUACACACUCUUCCCUGGCAACUUCUACAGUUGGUUGCUUGCCGAACAGUUCAGCACUGACGAGUUUACGUUACCUCAUGAUUUUUAUCAGGAAAACUUUGUGAUCAUCCAGAUGUUUUUUGAGGAGUUAACGGUUGAGCAUCGUGAACAGCACAGUGAUUACACCUUCUUCGCUCUACUUUGUGACAUUGGAGGCGCCCUUGGGCUAUGGCUUGGGGGCAGCAUUCUGACUAUUGUGGAAAUUCUGGACCAUUUUACCUCCACAACCGUUAUUCCUGGUUCAACCUCGAACCAGCGUGGCUAAUGCUACAAGGAAACAUUGCGUAUUUCUAUAAUUGUUACAUAUACAUAUUUUAAUUGACCUAAUUGACAAUAGCAACCAUCUCAGAAGGCUGUAUUUUGAUGUCCACUUACACAUACAUGGCCCUAACUCUUCUUGCUGAUAAUAUUCAAAAACACUGAUUGUUGUUUAUGUGCAAUAUUCUGUAUGAUUGAUUGGCUUUAAGAUUGAAAUCCUGUACAUUCCGUUCUACACAUAAGCCUGCAGGCAAAGGGAAGCAACACAUUGAAAAUCACAAAGGAAGUUAUCGGUUCAGAUUUUUUUAUUCCUGAAAAGGAAAACUCAAAUUUCGUUGUUAAUCUCAAUGUCGAAGUGGAAGUAAAGAUGCAUACUCGUCAUGAACAGAAAUGUUUAAUAUAUGUCCCCACCUGAAGAGAAAGCAUUUUCGAAGUGUGUUAUGAGUUUGCCCAAACGCAGUUUUUCUUCUCUGUUCCCCGCUCCGCUUGACACCACUGAGUUAUUUUUUACCUUGCUAGAUUGUCUAAAAGCUUUCACCAACAAGGAUGAUGCGUAGAUGAUUCCAGUUAAAACAAAGGUACAUAAAGACAAAUUACACGUUGCAUCAACAAAUUGCUCGGGUGAAGACAGGGUAGUGUUUGCACAACAUUAUAAGAAUAUUUACAGGGAGCACAGAUAGAAAACACCUCAACGGGACUUUGGUAAUUAAAUCCAGCCGAUCUGUCAUAGGACCAUAACGACCAAACUCCGAAUCGCAGUCAUUUACUAAAGACGUAUGGGGUUUUGCAAACGGAGUCUUGAAGACCUUUGCAAGUGUAUGAAUGACGUCACAAAUAGCUUGGACACGCAUGUGCAUUUGCCCUUUGGGGAAAACCGGAAAUGCAUAUCAUCAGUUUUAUUUAAAUUGAAUUGAUCACCUGAUCGCCAGAUUUUAGAGUGCAAUCAAACCCCUCCCCAUAUUUUCUCUAUAAUUUUUAGGGGGGACGCCUUUUCCUUGUGUCCUGAUAUUUUGUUUUCCUACUCUCUACUUAUGUUUGUAUAGAAAAUGUAAAGACAGACAUUUUUCACCCAAAGUGACAACAACGUUGCCCUGGGUUUCACUUCAACUUUUGGCGUCCCUUAUAUUUGUACCUACUGUGUGCGUCACCCCCUUCUGUCCGUGACGGGCAUGGCUAGCGUCUGAUUCUAUCCAGGUACCAAAAGCAAC